AUAUUUAAAUACUAGUAUGCAAAACUAUGAAAAAAUUCUAAUAGACGCCUACGAUCGAUUAUACACAGAAGAUAAUAAUCUGAAACCAGAUAUAACAACAGAAUUUUCUGUCGAUCAACUGUAUACGUUUGAACUCAUUUUUAAAAUGAAACAAACUAAAAUAAACAACGCGGAAACGUGGUGUAAAUCAAAUGCAGUUCAAAUAGUUGAAGAUACAACGGCAAAUGAAACAACUGACAAACUUCCCGAAGAAAAAUUUACAACCGUACAAUCAAUAAUUGAAAAACUAAAACAAGCUAAAAUAUGUGACCCAAAUAGUUCUUGUCAAUCAGAUGCAGACACAAAAGAAGGAACACUAAAUGAAACAAUUGUAAAAUUCUGUAUUGAGGAACUAAAAGCAAGAGGGUAUGUUUAUAAUUUGGGAAUAUUAAACUAUGCAUUUUUCAAGAAAGAACCUACAUUAUCAUCAAAUUAUACUAAUUAUCUUGCUGAAGUGGGUAGUAAACUUGACAAACCAGAAAACGCAUCAACAAACACACUGAAUAUGGAGGAGACUGUAGCUGGCAGUGUUGAAAAAACAGAAACUUUGACUGAUGAAAAAGUAUUAAAGGACACACAGGAUUUACAGUCUGUCAAGAUACUAAACUCAACUGAAUGGUGUGAAGUUCACAAAGGUGAAAUGCUAGGAUAUUCAAAUGAACGAAGAGAAAAAUUAGAAAAUAAUUUAAAGAACCGUGAGGAAGUAUUCUUAAAUCACUUAUUUACAGUGUGCAUUGCUAUAUUAACAGCUGAUGGGUUCAUUAAUUUAAAUGGAGCAGAUAAUUAUAAGUUCUCUACAGUAGAAACCUAUUUUAUAAAACCAUAUACUAAGUAUCUUGAUGAAGAGGCUUCUAAAUUGAUCGAUGAAUUUGAAGGAACGGAUAGCUGGUGUCGUAGAAACCAUUAUGUAGUAGGAUGUCUAAAUGUCCUUAUAGCAGCCGGAUACGCUGAAAAUAACACUGGUAAUCAAAAUUACGAAAUUAUCGAGGCUGAACUUAAACGUCGUAUGACAAUAAUCGAUUUCAGCAAUUACGAAACUAAUAAAGCAAAAUAUUUAAGAAUAAUUAAAGCAAUGCAUUCUUCUGAAGAGAUAGCACAAGACUACUGUAUGAAGCUAUUAGAUGAAAAGAAUGAAAAUAAAGAGAUAUUGUCUAGUACACCUGAUUUUUGCAAGCAGUGUAAUAAAUAAAAAUUAUAAAUAAAUCACUUAAAAUAAUUAACUAAGAUCUAAAAAAUAAGUUGUAAAAUCA